CGCAUCCUGCAUUGGCGAGGGGACAGACAAGGGCUUGCGGUGGCUGGGGAUUUACUGCCUGGAAUUACGAUGGCUUCGGGGUCCACCCGCGCUCGGGGAAGGACCUUUCAGCAGUCGGUGUUUCUGCUCUGCAGCCUCGGCUGCUCUGGCAGCUGGAACUAAGAGCAAGCUGACCUUGUUCUCACAGGGAGCUUUUUGACGUGCUUUAGUCAGUUAGUGACACCCAGCCCCUCUGCUCACAUCUAGGGAUGCUCCUUGGAAUCCUCCUAAAUAGUGGGUCGUAGGGGUUGCCCCAGAGCAGCCCUGUUCCCUCUGGGCUCUGGUGGACAUGGUCCAUGUAAGAAAAUGGUGAAGAUGUCUGUCCUUCUGCCUGCCAACAACAGGGUUGUGUUGCCCAGAUUUGAGAUGUCUUGUGACCAGCAUCCUGACAGAACAUAGGAAAUGUGGUGCUUGGUCAAACAAGUGUCAUGUGAGCUCUUCCUUCCAGAUGCCAGUCGAAAUGAUUAUUUUGGCAUGUGUUCAGAGGUGAUAAUCAAGGACAAUGUUGUGGUGGUUUAUGAGGUGCUGGAGGAGAUGCUGGACAAUGGCUUUCCAUUGGCAACAGAGUCUAAUAUUCUUAAGGAACUGAUAAAACCUCCUACUAUCCUGCGGACAGUCGUCAACACCAUCACAGGAAGUACUAAUGUGGGUGACCAGCUUCCCACUGGGCAGCUCUCAGUGGUGCCUUGGAGACGUACUGGUGUAAAAUACACCAACAACGAGGCCUAUUUUGAUGUGAUUGAGGAGAUCGACGCGAUCAUCGACAAAUCAGGUUCCACGAUUACUGCUGAAAUCCAAGGGGUGAUUGAUGCUUGUGUCAAGCUGACUGGGAUGCCAGACCUUACCCUCUCCUUUAUGAACCCUCGGCUGCUGGACGAUGUCAGCUUCCACCCCUGCGUGCGGUUCAAGCGCUGGGAGUCGGAAAGGAUUCUCUCCUUCAUUCCACCCGAUGGGAAUUUUCGCUUGCUCUCCUACCAUGUCAGUGCUCAGAAUCUCGUGGCAAUUCCCGUCUACGUGAAGCACAACAUCAGUUUCCGGGACAGCAGCUCCCUGGGGCGCUUCGAGAUCACCGUGGGGCCCAAGCAGACCAUGGGCAAGACUGUGGAGGGAGUGAUGGUCACCAGCCAGAUGCCAAAAAGUGUGUUAAAUAUGACCCUCACACCCUCUCAGGGAACACAUGUCUUUGAUCCAGUUACAAAGUUACUGUCAUGGGAUGUGGGGAAAAUAAACCCCCAGAAGCUGCCAAGCCUGAAGGGCAGCGUGAGCCUGCAGGCUGGGACAUCGAAACCAGAUGAAAACCCCACCAUUAACCUGCAGUUUAAAAUUCAGCAGCUGGCUAUAUCUGGACUGAAGGUGAAUCGCUUGGACAUGUAUGGGGAGAAGUACAAGCCAUUCAAGGGGAUCAAAUACAUGACUAAGGCUGGCAAGUUCCAAGUCCGAACCUAGAGGACCCUGGCAGCGAGGAAGAGCACUUCUCCUUUUCCCCUGUCCCUGGCUGUUGGAUGCAGCCUCUUUCCCCAUCCAUCUGUUUUGGGUUGCUCCCUUGCCUGUAGUAGCAUGAGCAGGAAAGCAAGUGCUCAGACUGCUGGAAAGCAGGGGAAAGUAAGGCUGACCUGAAACCACCUCAUCUCUAGCUGAGUCCUGAAGUCUUUGGAAUAGUGCUUUGAUUAUGAAGACAAUGAAAUACCUCAUCACCUCCUGCUCCUCAAAUACUGAUCCUGUCCUCUGGCUUUGUAGCUUUGUUUUUUAAAGGAUCUUUUCUGCCCUGCUGAAGUGAUUCAUGUUACUCAAGGUUUGUUAUGUACACAAAGGCCCUUGAGCCAGGAUUUCUGUAUCAGUCUGAGAUGGCUGCAGGGUCCUGUGGGAUGAAAGAUGAAACAGGGCAGAAGGGGGAACAGGGCAACAACAUUAAGGACAUGAGCUGGUUGACAGAAGGACUUCUGGGGAGGGAACAUGAGGUGUAGCUGUGUACCUCAGUCACCAUAAAUGCUGAUGCUGAGCUGGGUUCUGAAAAGACCUUGAAUAUGACAAUAGCAACUGCAAAGGCAGAGGAAAGCAAGGAAGCAGAUGGCAGUGGCUAUUCUUAGACCUUGUCUAAAGAUGGUGCUGCUGUGUCCUGGAAGAGGACAAGCAGGGAUAAAAGCAGGAUAAGAAGUGGAAAAGUUGAUGUUGUAAAGAUGGAAACAUUUUAUUGGUGGCUGUUAGGUCACAUUGAGUUCAAAUAUUGAAUUUAAUAGACUGUUUGAAUGGCAAAACAAAAGUGUUCCUGAGGAUACUUACUUGUGUUACUCAGUGGAAUGGUUUUGGCUGUUUUACAGGCUGCAGGUAUUUGGCAGGGAAUGCCAGGAUAGUGAGGCACAAGAGCACUUGGAAAUGGUGUAGGGGAGAUGAAUGGAAAUUAAUUUGUAUUUUUCUCAACAUUAAUAUUUAAUAAAAUGAAAAUAUCAACAAUAAAAAGAAAAUUUACACCAAAA